AUGGUUGAGUUGACUCAGAUUUAUAUGUUCAUUAUUAUCAUUGUGAUCAUUUUUAUAUCUCAACCGAUCUUUGCCAAGGAACAAGAGUUAUUGAAAGGCUUCACAGCCACCCCUGAUUCAUCAGUGAAGUCAUUUCAGCCUUUACUGAGUGACUCACUUGGUAACUACUCGUUCGGCUUUGUCCGAGUUGAUCAAACUCAGCUAGCUCUUGCAGUGAUCCAUGUUCAAUCGCUAGAGCAAGUUUGGAUCGCAGGAAAGAGUCCAUUGGCUAAAUGGUCAUCCGAUAUUCGUUUGUUGUUUAAUGGCAGUCUUGUGGUUUCGGAUAAACGGGUAGGGGUAUUAUGGUCAAGUUAUACCGAUGGGGAUCGAGUUUGGUUAUCUAACACGUCUAAUUUGUUGAUAGAAAGUAGUGGAGACCAAAAACUAAUGUUAUGGCAAAGUUUUGACUUUCCCUAUAAUACCCUUAUGGAGAAUCAAAAUUUCACUAGUACCAUGACACUAGUUUCUUCGAAUGGGAUGUAUUCGAUGAAGCUUGGACCCGAUUUUAUUGGGUUCUAUGCCAAAUAUGAUGCAAAUUCGAACUCGGAUCAGGGUCAUCUUUACUUUCAACAUAAUCCAAUGGAAGCCAAAGCUCAAGUUAUGAAAGGUCAGGGUCCUAUCCGGGCAAUGGUUAGUCCGGAUGGAUUUUUAGGUAUGUAUCAAAAUGGGUCAACUCCUGUUGAUGUAUUGCCUUUUAGUAGUUUCCAACAACCUGGGAAAGGUAACCGUCGAGUUCGAUUAGAACCCGAUGGUAACCUGGUUGGGUAUUAUUGGGCGAGAUCAUCCUGGCUCGUAGAUUUCAAGCUAAUCUCGAACCAGUGUGAUCUACCUAGCUCAUGUGGACCUUAUGGUCUAUGCCAGCCUGGCAAAGGAUGUUCUUGUUUAGAUAACCGUACAGAUUACGAAUCUGGACAAUGUGUCACGGGAGAGAAUAAACUUUCUAAUGACAACUUUUGUCAGACAAAAUAUGGCAUUUUGAGACGAACCGGAGUCGAGCUACCAAACAAAGAGAUAAUGGCUUACACGAUCAUGAGUUCGUUAGAAAAAUGUGAAAGUACAUGUGAGCAAAAAUGCACGUGUUGGGGUGCGGUGUAUAGUAACACAUCCGGAUUUUGCUACAUUAUAGAUUACCCCAUACAAUCAAUAGUUGAGGUACUAGAUGUGACCAAAAUGGGUUAUUUUAAGGUGAGGGCUGGUCAUGGAAAAGACAAUACGUUAGUGGGGUUAUGGGUUGGAUUAGGAUUAUUAUGUGGGUUAGUUCUGUUAUUAUUGGGAGUUGGAGGGAUGUAUUUAUACAAGAGGGAAAAUAGAGGGGUGAAAGGGUAUGUAGAGGAAGAUGGGAUGAAUGGUGGGGUGGGUCCAUAUAAAAAUUUGGGUACAUCAAGUUUUAAGUCUAUAGAGUUAAGUGAGAGGUGA